GCAACCCCAAAAGUGGAAGGAAGAGUUGUUUCUUUCUUGUUUUUAUUGUUUUUCACAAAUAUAAAAAAAGGGUGAGAGACAUACAUACAUACAACAGAGUAUUCCUAUCCAAAUUCCAAAGUUUUUCCCUUUCUCUGAUAUACACCACUACUACUUUUUCAUCCUCUUCUCUCAAUCCAAACAACACAACCUUUAGUACUGUCAUAGACAAUUACUAUGUUGGAAGUACUUCACAUAACCCACAAAUGGUAACAAAAACAACAAUAACAACAUCAUAUGAUUCAUAGCAUAACCAGAACCCUCAAUUUAGCAACAAAAAAUGGCUGUUGAAGAACACAACAACAAUGAAUGGCCACCAACAGGUUCACCACUUGACCUUCACAGAGAUGAACAUUGGACUAACUUUGACAGUUCAGUCAAUGCUGUUUCCUUUGGUUUUGUAGCUACUGCUAUUCUCAUUUCCAUGUUCUUAGUUAUGGCUAUUUUUGAGAGAUUUCUUAGACCCAUUUCACCUCCUAUUUCACCUUCCGGUCGCCGGAGCCACCGUCACGUUGAGUCUCAGAUAGGUUCCAAUGGCAAACUCUCUUACCCAUCACCCAAAAUGACUGUAUAUUCAAGUGAGGUUUCGGUUUUAAUGCCUGGAGAUGUGAUUCCUACAUUCAUUGCUCACCCUGCUCCGUGUUGUCCAGAACGGAUUUCGUGGCCUUCUCAUCAGCAUAACACGUUACCUUGUUCGACUUCAAACACUAGGCCUAAUAUGACCAAUGAAGUUUGAAUGUGACAAUGUUCACCAUAUUGCAUCAAGGGGUUUAUAUGCAUUUUCUGUGAAGAUCAAGGGGUUUUUCUUCAUUCCAUUUUUACCUUGAUGAAUUCUCUUAAUAGUUUUUCUUACAUGUAAUAUAGGAUUUAGUUUAGAUUUUGCAAUUGAAGCACAAGAUCAAUUUCUGUCUAAACUUGCUUUCUUAAUUUUGAUGAUGCUUUGGAAGCAUUUUCUUAAUGAUGUAAAUCUCAGUUAUCAAUAGAUUUAUCUUGUAUGAGUCUCCUCUUGCACACUAUAUAUAGUAUUGUGAAGAAGGCAUCCCAUGUACUGUACUUCGGUUCCUGUCAAGUGUCGUUUAAGGUUAUGAGCACGCACUUCUU